AUAUCCCCAAAUUGAUGCAAUUGAACCAAUCAAACACUGUACCUUCACCCCUAACUCCACCCGCUAGCCAUGGGGGAGGAGACGGAGCAGGCCCGGAAGUCUCUAGCUUCGGCCGCCGUACGGCCAAGCAACGACGUCGGCGAUGAGGCCGUCCUUUACAUGGGGGAGAAGGAUCAAGUUCGGCCUCUAGCCCCAUCCACGUUCCGGUCGAGCAGCGACGGCGGCGCGGCCGCCAUGUACAUGAAGAAGAUGCGCCACAGGAGAUGCAUCAAGUGUUGCGGCUGCGUCGCCGCCCUUCUGCUCAUCCAAGUCGUCGUCGUCGUCGUCCUCAUCUUCACCGUCUUCAGAGUGAAAGAUCCCAUCAUAAAACUGAACGGGGUUACAGUGGACAAGCUCGAGCUCGUCGACGGCACCACCCCUCGCCCGGGCUCCAACAUGUCCCUCACCGCCGACGUCUCGGUUAAGAACCCUAACGUCGCGUCGUUCAAGUACAGGAACACCACCACGGCGCUGUUCUACCGAGGAGCGGAGAUCGGGGAGGCCCGCGGGCCGGGCGGCCAGGCCAAGCCGAGGCGGACGAUGAGAAUGAACAUCACCGUCGAUAUCAUCACAGAUAGGCUGAUGUCAAACCGUAGCUUGUUGAUGAGUGAUAUGGGCUCUGGGCUGUUGACCAUGAGCAGCUUCACCAGAGUUGGAGGAAGGGUGAAGAUCCUGAGCAUCGUGAAGAAACAUGUGGUUGUGAAGAUGAACUGCACCAUGUCCAUCAACAUCACCACUCGAGCCAUUCAAGACCAGAAGUGCAGGAGGAAAGUGAAGAUCUAGUUGGGUUUUGUUUGGUUGUCGCUUAUUCAGAUUUUAGGGUGAAAUUAAUUGAAGUGCUUUGUAUGAUAUAUACUUGGAGUUCAGUUCUAUAUUUGUGAUUUUUCGCUUCUAGUUGUAUGGAUAUGUGUUCUUAUGUCGCA